UGAGACUUCCGGCUUGUUGUUGCUUUGGUGUGCAAUGUGCAUGCAGAGUGUAUGCUGAGUGGUGGUGUGUGAAAUGUAAACAACACUUGCAGACGAGUUUUGUUUCGUUAAAUGUGUCAGUAUCGGCUUGGAGAUUCUUCAUAAAAAGUACACCGAAAACAACUAUUGCUAAAUAGUUUUAUGUAUUUGCCAUUCACAACUGUGACAACUGUGUUAUAUAGUGUUCAGGUUGUCGAAAACUAUUCCAGCAAGAUGUCCGUUGUUGUGCGUCGCCCAGAGAUGAAUUUGACGUCCUCGGGUCAGGCGAUCUAUGUCACCUUGAUCAGUGAAUUCAUGCGUAACCCAGGCAGGUUCUUCACCGUGCAUGGCCGAACCUUCAGACACAACCCACAACAGCUCAACGUUUGUGAUCGCUCUUCCAAGAGAAAGACGAUGUUUCCAGACUCUAUGGGAGGAAUACUGAAAGUUUCGACAGAAGCCGAGCUGCAGUCACUGAUAAGUCGCUUCAUGCAAAAUCCAAUUUUCUUCACGGUCGACAUUGAGAGAUCCAGCAAGGCUACGUGCAGCAAUGUUCGCUACAUUACCAGAGGACAAUUGGCAGUAACAGUGAACACAAAGCAUCCACACAUUGCUCAUCUUCUUCAGACACAACUUGCCCAGGGCAUGGCAGCUCUCAAAGAGGGAAAGAACUUUGCUGUGGAGUUUAACUUCAACCCUGUCAUGGUUUCCUGGGUGCAGUCACUGUUUCAAAACCAAGACGACCUGGACAUGUGUGGCUGCAACACCAGCUACAGCAGCGAGAAUGGUAAAGUGACCGUCACUAGCUACAGUGAGUUCGAAGACUGCUUUGGCUGCCAGUAUCCUGGUGUUCUUGCCUGGGUUGUUUGUUUUCCCUGCUGCCUGCUAUCGUGUCCCUGCUAUCGGGUCCACCGUGCCUUAACAGUUGAAGAUUUUGGUGGUCCAGUUAGUGGUGUGAUAGCUACGUACUGGAGUCCCGUAGCACAGCUACGGAACUUGGAGGAAACUGUUGCUUGUGUGUUGCAGUUGCUUAAUCAAGAACCAGCUCGCGAGGCGACGACUGUGGACUUGCCUCCAAGUUAUAACGAUGCUGUUGCCAGAGGUCCCACACCCAUUGGUCCAGCAGCCUACUACCCGCCUGCCAGUCAGGUCCAAGCUUAUGGUCAGCCUCAAGUACAGACUCGUCAGCCACAGCAGAUUCAGUAUCCCCACCAGCAAGUCAGCUUCCCUCCUAACAAUGCCAUCUGAAGAAGUCUAUCACACAGAAGUUGAUGUCGAAAAUCUGUUUUUCCUUUGUUUAUUUGAUACACGAAAGCAACAUACAGGCAGUCCAAAAAAAGAUACAAAUAAAACACCCUCAUGCAGUAAAAAAUAAUAUAGUCAAUUGGUAAACUCACAAGUUGUUAGAGUAUUUUUGUUUAAGAAAAAAGUUUGGUUUGAGUCAAUUUCAGAAGCUGCUUAGUUUAUACAACACAUUAUAUUAACUAGUUUCUUGUAUUCAUACAAUCUAAAAUAUUCGCAAAACUAAAUUUAAAAUCAACUCAAGUGACUUAAUUAAAUGCUGUAAAUAGGAAGCCUAUACACUUAUUGUAGUCAAAGGACUUCUCCAAUAUAUAUUUUUGAGUAUUUGUAUAUUAUGAAUCAUUAUUUUUUUGAAAGGUUUGUUUAUUAAAUUGCCAAUGGUUUUCCAUUUUAGAUAAUUGCAGGGUCAAAUUUAAAAAAACUGUUCGAAGGGGUUUUGGGCAUCCACUCGUUAAUUCUAGUGCCACAUUUUUUACCGUAUUUUGUCAAUGCAAAACUGAAAUAAUGAUUAAUCCCAAGGAAUUUGUUCAAGGCAUUUGUAUAUUUUUGUGAUUUUUGUUUUUAAGAGAUUUUUUUUUUUAACUUCAAAUCCCUUCUCUGGUACCAAUGUUAGAGAAGGUGAGUAUUACUUUCUGUUCGUUCUGGAAAAACUUUGGUAAAAUAAUGAAGAGAAUACAGUUGUCUUUAUCAAGGUUAGUAAUGUGUUUGCAAUGGUGUAGAAAUUGUAGGUCUUCGAAGAAACAAUGAGGAGAAAGUUUUCACCGACUGAAAACAAAGUUCCAACAUUUAUGACCAAAUUAUUAUAAGUGAUCUAUGAAUCAACUUGUGUUGCCCCAAAUCAAGGAAGCAUUGACCAGCAAUCACAUGAACAAUAACAAAAGUAGUUAGAUGGAUACCGUAAGGUUUGCGGUAAAACCAUGUAAUGAUAUUCGGAAAAGAACCAUAGGUUUCAACUCCUAAUUGAAUUGGGGUGGUUUUUGAAUUGAACCGAAAAGAACUGUAUGUGAUCGUAUGAAUAGUAAUAGUGGCCACUUGUAACUGUACUGAAGAGAUGCAGAAACAAGUGUGGGCCUGUAAUGAGUAAAAAGUGUCACGUUUUGGGGCAUAAAAACUGAUACAUAAAUACCUUACUUCAAACUUAAUUUUUUUUAUUAAAUGCUUUGUACUAGUGUAAGCUGCUUCAGGCUUCUAACCAAACGUUGACAUUGAUAUUAAUUGUAGACAUGAUUUCCAAACGUGUAGGGCCUACCUUCUCUUUAAGCCGGUCCCAAUUAAAGAAGGGUUUAAUUUCACUGUUUUCUUUUAUUAAAUUUACAUAAGGUCCUGAUAUAUUUUAUUUUUCGUUUUAUUACUCUGUUGAUUAUUGUAAUCUUAAAACGAUAAAUUUUGUAUAUACUUGGUUGGAAAUGUAUAUUCAGUUUUCCAUUAUGUGGAUAUUCUACUUUGCUAUCAGAAAGCGUUGUAAAGUUGGUAACGGCAGGCAUUGAUAAAUGGUGGGGUUAUCAUUGUAUAAUCGGUUUUGCAGUAAUACCACGGUUAUCUACUUUGCUUUGUAGAAUUUGUUCUUUGGAUACCAUUAGGUUUUGCUUUCUAUUCUACUACCACGGGGUAGAUUCUGGAAUUCGGGAGACUAAUUAAAAUUUGUGGAAAGAACAAAAUGUCCUGCUUAUUAACUACUACCUGGUUGUUGAUAGGAUUCGAACGGGGAUUACUUUCGGUUAGUAGAUCGAGGGGACCUUUUAGUUGGUCUCCUCAAAAUGGAUGCAAGUUAAUAUUAAGUAACACGAAAACAUCACUCAGUGUAACAUAGUGUAGCUUAAUUAUAAGAAUCUUUUUGUUGUUGUUGGUAUUAUAACAUAGUUGUAUUAUUCAAUUUUGUACUAACUAUAUUUAUAUAGCUAUUCUUUGGGAAUGACGCGUUUAAAGAGUAAAGUUUUGUUUUAAAAGCAAGGCAUGUAAAUGCAUUUGUAGAUCCUGUGUUUUUCUCUAGAUAUGGCAAUAAACUAAUGGAAUUGAAACAUACUAGCGGGAUGAGGAAGAUUCUAGUAUAGACAAAUGUUAUGAAAGGUAAUGUGGGGUAAGGGAGGUAUUCUUAAAGGUAAUAAUCAUUUCGUAGGAUUGGGUUAGAAAUUGUAUUUAUAAUCGGUAUGGAAUAUUGUCAUUUGUUGUAUUUUGAUAAAUUGUUGAGCGUGCACAACAUAGUUGUGAAACGUCGCCUUCCCUCCUAACCUUC